AUGACACAGCAGCUGGAGGAGAUGGCAAACUAUUUUGGCCUCGCCCGGGCUCCGGGCGCCCCAGCUGCAGGAGAUAUAAUUGGGUAUGUGCUCUGGUGGGGACGGGAACGAUCAGAUUGUCGCUCGAGGAUUACUGCAGCACAUCAUUUGCACUGUGAUCCUUGUUGUGCAACCAGCUCGCGCAUGGCGACAGUUACGUUGGAGUUCGCAGGAGAGCUGCGAACUGGAAGGAGAGACGUCCUGUUCCCCAGUUUCCCCUUCAAUUGUGCUGCGCAAGGGAUAGACUUUUGUUCAGGAGAACCAUCAGAUCCAGUCGAACCAGCCGACCCCGACAGAUUGGAUGAGGCCCCGCGGUAA